UGGCACAUUUUCAUGUUUUUCAGCGAUGAUUUUGUGCCUGUGAAUGGGAGCUGCACUAUCAAAGCGCCACAAUCCUGGUGCACAAUGGAGCCAGAGGAUAUGGAUGUGAUAAUGUCCUUUGAAACUAACUGCUCUAUCAUAGUAACACAAAUGGCCAAACAAGGCAAUAUGGAGACCCCAACAAAGAGUCACUCUGAAAAUAUUGUUUUAUACAAAUCUGUUAAACCAAAACAACCUUUCAACCUAACCAUGACAAAAAUUGAUGGGGAUUUUAACCUCACUUGGGAUGUGGCUUAUGCAGAACACUUUCUGAAUAAAAAAUUAUACUACAGAGUACGAUUACAAACUAAAAGUGACCCAGAUAAGAUGCCACAAAUUUACACCCUGCAGCAGAACCAACAAUCAAUGGUUCUCAUUAGUGAAAAACUCCUGCCAGGAAGGCAGUAUGUGGCAGAAGUUCAGGUUGCAGUGCAUCCUUCAAUUUUUACAUCCAUGUGGAGUGAAUGGAGCAACAGUGCUGAAUGGACAUCUGACUCUCCAUCGUCAGAAUAGUGCUAUUUCCUGCUGUUUCCUGGUGCUGCUUGUGUACACUGAGAACCCUAAUAAGUUGACUGAACUAAAUUGAUUGAGUAAACUCGUUGUCUCAAUUUAAUUGAGUAAUGGAGUUCCCCAAAACUUGCAUAUUUAAGUUCAUUAAACUUGGCGGUUUUGUAGACUAUACUUAUAUCGUUAAGUUCACCAAACUUGGCGCUUAUUUAAUGUACUUAAAUGAUUAUGUUCACUUAACUUGGUAUUAAUUUCAAGUGUACUUAUAUUUAAGUUAACUCAACUUGGAAAUGUAACUGAAACUGUCGAAUGAUGUUCUUAUUUUUGACUUGCAAGCUUUGUGCACACCAAACUGAAAUAAAACAAUGAACAGCAUAUUUAAUCUUUGACUUUUUAUUGACAAUGUCACAAUAUUAAUGCAAGUACAGUAAACACUAUACUGUAAUGGAAAUGGGUCACAGCCACACUGUAAAGGUGGUAACAAAAUUAACUAGUGCAGUACAUCA